UCUAUCUGAUCAUUCGUCCUCUCUACCACCUCCUACUAAUUAAGCAGAUUGUGAGAUUUUUUUUUCUUAAGCGUUAAGUAGAAAGGUAAUAAUGUUUUCUCUACAUGAUGGAACCCUCUGUCCUAGAAAGAGGGAUCUGAUGAAAGUCUAUGGGGAAUCGUUUCAUGGUUCCUUCAAACGGAGCAAACAAGGAGAUGAUCAUACACAAGACAAGCUUGAGAAGAACAGUUCUACUACUCUGUUUUUCCAAAGAUCAAAGUCAGAGAGCGCCAUGUUGAUAAAGCCUGAUCUUCAGCUUCACCUAGAGGCUAAGACACAAUCAGAGACAUUUGAAGAUCACAGGACAGAGCUGGAUCUUGAUCUGAACCUAUCUUCAUCAUCAAGCUCUACUGUGAAAACGAUCACGAAGAAAGAUGAAGGUGCGAAAGGCGGAGAUUUGAUCAUGACCCCAGGUAAGAAGGGGGUAUCAUGUGAUCUAGGGCUAAGCCGAUCCCCGUCUUGGUUAGCCUUUGAAGGUGAUGAUGAUAAUCAGAAGAAGCAAGAGAUGGUGACAACAGUGUGUAUGAAGUGUCACAUGCUGGUUAUGCUAUGUAAAUCAACCCCUGUGUGUCCCAACUGCAAGUUCAUGCACACUGAUGAUCAUAGUUCCACAAAACAGUUCAAGACUUUGAAUUUGUUUAAGCUCUUAUGCUAGACUUGCUUUUCAUCGUAUGUUAACGGGCCCCCAAAUAUGUGGAACUAGAUAUGUAUGAGUUAAUGUAUAUACAAGUACUGAUAGUUAUAUUCUAUGCUUUCUAUGAAUUGAGUAUGUGAUUGUACUGCUUUCCACUU